UUUUCCCAAAUUUGGUUUUCACCGACGAACUUUUAAGGUUUUGACAGUGAUUUAUAAUUCUGUUUAGUUUUUAUAGAAAAUAGUCCUACGGAUUUUGAGUUCCUGUUCUUAACUUCUUAUGUCUGUCUAACUCCGUCGUUCUCCGUCAAUGGCAAAAACCCGCACCACCAGAAAAACCCUAGAUUCUUACACCAUCAAAGGCUCCAAUAAAUCCAUCAAACCCGGCGAUUGUGUGUUGAUGCGCCCUUCCGAUUCAUCGAAGCUGUCGUAUGUGGCAAAAGUGGAGAAGCUCGAAUCGGACGCCAAAGGAAGCAACGUGAAAGUUCACAUACAGUGGUAUUACCGACCGGAGGAAUCGAUCGGUGGCCGGAGACAGUUUCACGGCACUAAAGAGGUUUUCCUCUCCGAUCACCAUGAUGUUCAGAGCGCCGAUACAAUCGAAGGCAAGUGUACUGUUCACACUUUCAAGAGCUAUACAAAGCUUGACUCAGUUGGUAACGACGAUUACUUUUGUCGUUUCGAGUAUAAUUCUUCCACCGGAGCUUUCAAUCCCGAUAGAGUCGCCGUAUACUGUAAGUGUGAGAUGCCUUACAAUCCCGAUGACUUGAUGGUUCAGUGCGAUGGCUGCACAGAUUGGUUUCAUCCUGCUUGUAUAGACAUGACGCCAGAGGAUGCUAAACAGAUUGAGCAUUUCUUUUGUCAGAAUUGUUCAUCUGAAGAACAAAAGCUGCUCCAAAAUUCCCAUGCUACCUCUAGACAUACUGAUGUGAAGGUGGGAACAAAGCGCAGAAGGAGGUGAUUGAAUAUAUAAAACAACAGUGAGGGUAUGGCUUGAUACGAGGUGGUAAAUGUGGUGUGAUACAAUAAUCUGUAUGUAUAUGUUUCUGAAAAAGAGUUUAUGUAAUUUAGGGUUUUCCCACUUAUUUUUAUGUGGUAUACGUUUCAAAAGCUGUGUUCUGAUGUAUCUAGUUUACCUCAUAAUAUAAAUCUAGACAUGUAUAAAUCUCUUGACUAUCUUAUCUUAGAUGGAGAAUAAAGAAAGAGGUCAAGUUGUUUGCUUGCUUUUGAAUAAUUGAAAAUGUGAUUAUCGGGC